AUGAAACCACUUGACAAACAACAACAAAAGAGUCAUGAUCGGUCAACUGUUUGUCAUAUUUGCGAAAAAACAAUAGCCUCCGAUAAAGAGAAAUGCUAUGAUCAUUGCCAUUUUACGGGUAACUAUCGCGGACCUGCACACAUUUCAUGCAAUUUAAAUUAUCCGAAAUCUCAUGUAAUACCGGUAGUAUUUCACAAUUUAUCUGGGUACGAUUCUCAUUUUUUAAUUAAAUCAUUAGCAAAAGUUUUUGAAGAUUCAUUUAGAUUCAUGGCAUCAAGUUUAGAAAAAUUAGCAUCUUAUCUUGAUGAUGACAAUAAACAAAUCACCAAACUUCAUUACCCAGAUCCGGAAAAAUUUCAAUUUGUUACUCGCAAAGGUGUAUUCCCGUAUGAAUACAUUACAAACAUUGAUAAGCUUAAUGAUAAACAGUUGCCCGAUCAAAACUCAUUUUUUUCAAAAUUAUCCAAUACUGGUAUAACUGACGAUAAUUAUGCAUUUGCUCAACUUGUCUGGAAUAAAUUUAACAUCAGUACAUUAGGCGAGUACUCUGAUCUAUAUCUCAAGACUGAUGUACUACUCUUGGCCGAUGUAUUUGAAAAUUUCAGACAAAGUUGUUUAAAUAAUUAUAACUUAGACCCGCUGCACUAUUAUACAGCACCCGGAUUAGCUUUUUAUGCAAUGCUGAAAUACACAAAUGUGGAACUAGAACUAUUGACUGACCCCGAAAUGGUACUUUUCAUCGAGAAAGGUAUACGAGGUGGAGUGUCUCAGUGUACUAAUAGGUAUGCGAAGGCCAACAAUCGGUACAUGGGUGAUGAAUUUGACGUUAAAAAACCCGAGUCAUACUUGAUGUAUUUUGACGUCAAUAAUUUGUAUGGCGCGGCAAUGAGUAUGCCACUACCUAAAGGCUCAUUUGAGUGGGUAGAUGAAAAUGAUUUAAUUAAUGUAAAUAACUUCGUAAAUACCAAUGAUACUGUAGGAUAUAUUUUAGAAGUAGACUUGCACUAUCCACAAGAGCUACAUGAGCUACACAAAGAUUUACCAUUGUGCCCUGAGCACUUUUUACCACCGGGUAGCAAGUCUACUAAAUUAUAUUUAGGAAUGCAGUUGAAAAAAAUUCAUCGCGUACUCAAAUUUGAGCAAUCCCCAUGGCUAAAGACAUACAUCGACAAGAAUAGAGACUGUAGGAAGGCUGCCCAAAAUGAGUUUGAGAAGAAUUUUUUCAAACUCAUGAAUAACGCAGUCUUCGGUAAGACUAUGGAAAAUGUUAGGAAACACAAAGAUGUUCAAUUAGUUACUAGAUGGUCUGGUCGAUACGGUGCAUCAGACUUCAUUUGCAAACCUAACUUCCAUAGUCUUACUAUCUUUGACAAAGACAUGGUUAUAGUGGAAAUGAAAACAACCCAGGUAUAUUUUGACAAACCUAUUUACACUGGGUUCGCGAUUUUAGAUUUAUCAAAAAUAUUUAUCUAUGAUUUCCACUAUCACUAUGUCAAACAGAACUUCACAAACCAAGAAUCUAAGUUGAUGUACACGGACACUGACAGUUUAAUUUACCACUUCACAGUACCAGACAUCUACGAAAUCAUGAAACGUGAUAUUUCAAAAUUUGAUACGUCGGACUACCCGCCUCAAAACUCGUACAAUAUGCCGCUUGCCAACAAGAAGAUCCCAGGUCUGAUGAAAGAUGAGAAUAAUGGAAAAAUUAUGACUCAUUUCAACGGACUUAGGGCCAAGCUAUAUGCAUACAAAAUUUUAAAUGAUGAUGAAACGAAAAAACGAGCAAAGGGGAUCAAAGGUCCAACGUUGCGAACUAUCACGUUUGAUGAUUUCGAUAGAUGUCUUCACGAUCACAUUAACUUGACAAAAAAACACUAUUAA